AUGGUGAGUGGCACAAGUUAUUUGAAGCCGAAAGAAACGUCUGUUGAAGGAGGAGCUAUAUUAAAAAUGGAGGGCUCACAACGAAAGGUGGUGCUCUCUGCUCACACUUCUCCCACACUAGUGUUGUUUUUUGGCUGCUUUGUGAUGCCGCAGAGAUUGAUCAAUUUCCGACAAUGGCCACAGCAGAGCCGACGACGCAGUUCAUCGGUGGCCAGAUUAGAGAGUAUUCUAUUAAAUCGAAAAGAGAAUAAUACGCCUCUAUCCGUUCUUUUUCGUUAUUCGCUGUUUCACAAUUCGGUGGAAUCAUUAGCUACUGCUGCUGAAAUUCCAAUGACUACUAUUCUGCUGAAUGGUAAACCAAUUACUCAAAGCUCUAAAAACCGACGAUUACAUACAUCGUGGGGCUCUCACUCUUUCCUGCGCGUGGUGCAUGCUCGACGGGGUGAGAGAAGUGAGAAAGAAGGCGAAGAGAUAAGCCGUGCGCUGGACGACGACGCCAAAGCUACGCAAUUCGAUCCUUUCUUCUCUAAGGGGACUCCAUUUGUAUUUACACACGAUGGGCGGGCCGAUAUGACCAAUUUCGAGAUGGAUUUGUUCGAUACGCGAAUAGAGAUUCCUGUUGAUAAGGGCGGCGGAGGAAUGCACAGUCCGUAUUAUGACGACGAAAAAUCAUCGAAAAAGAGGUGUUGUAAGUGUGGCUCGUCUCGAAAUCGGAUCAUAAAACCAGCAUGUGUCCCAAUCUCCAUCGUCUCUCUCCUCAUCAUUGCCUUGGUUUUCCUUCCACUUUUCAACGAAGAAGAUCUAGCGUCUCCUAUAAAACUAACCACUGGGUGUACUGUAGACUGCAAGUCAUAUCUAAUUGAAUCCAUCCCAACUGGAGUUCCUUUUCCCACGAACAAUCAUACGGCUGAUGCUUGGAUUAAUAUAAUUGAUAAUACUAAACAAUAUUUGGAUAUUUCUGUGAUGUACUGGAAUCUGAACUCAUCAGACUACGAAACAGCGAAGUAUGGAAGGCGAGUGUAUGAGGCACUGAUUCGAGCUGGCAAGCGUGGUGUCAAAAUCAGAAUCGCUCAAGAUGGCGCAUCGAAUUUAUCUGAAAACGAAGAAUCUGCGUAUCUGGCGCGAGAAGGGUUGGCAGAAGUUAGAGAGAUAAAUGUGACUCGUCUAAUUGGAUCUGGGAUAAUUCACACGAAAUUUAUACUUUCGGACAUUGCCACUCUCUACGUUGGGUCUGCAAAUAUGGAUUGGAAGUCGUUGAGUGAAGUGAAAGAAUUAGGAGUGGUUAUUGAAGAAUGUCCUUGUGUUGCCUCCGAUCUUUAUAAGAUCUUUGCUGCCUACUGGAAACUUGGAGAAAACGGAUCAGUGAUUCCGGACAAAUGGCCUAUUUCCUACCGUACUCCUUUCAACUUCACAACCAUGGCACAUAUGAAAUUGGAUGGAGAACCUGCUGAAUACUUUAUUUCGAGCUCACCAGGACCAUUCAAUCCAAAAGGAAGGGAACAUGAUUUGACGGCAAUUCAAAAAAUAAUAAAAUCUGCUCGCAAAUCUGUAUGCAUCUCUGUGAUGGACUACAUCCCAGCUACACUUUAUAUGAAAAACGGAAGCCGUUUCUGGCCAGAAAUCGAUGACGCACUUCGGGAUGCCGCUUAUCGUGGAGUCCAUGUUCGUAUGCUGAUUUCGCAUUGGGAUCAUUCGAGAAAAGAGAUGCUGCCGUUCUUGAAAAGUCUACAGACAAUUACUGACGGAUUACCUCGCUAUAACGGAACUGAACACGGACAAAUUCAAGUCAAGAUAUUCACAGUUCCAGCAAAUGAGCAGCAGAAGAAGAUACCGUUCACAAGAGUCAAUCAUGCAAAGUACAUGGUCACUGAGAAUAUUGCUUACAUUGGCACAUCAAAUUGGUCAGGAGACUAUUUCAUCAGCACAGCUGGAGUUGGGAUGGUCGUGCGACAAGAUGCUGCCACGAAAAGGCUACAAUCAGCUUUCGAUCGAGACUGGAACUCUGAAUAUGCAAAGGAUAUUUGA